AUGCCACUCGCGCCGCGCGCCGGGGAUGGAGCUCGCGCCGGCGAGGAUGGCCUGUCGCCGCCGCCGUGGUGGCUCACCACGGAGGCCUGCGACCUCCCUUCCGCGACCGCCACGGGGCUCGGGGAAUGGGCCGCCUUCCUCUUCCUCUCCACGUGCUCGCAGCGGACGCUUCUCUCCGCCGCGUCCGCGGUCUUCCUCGUCACGCUGCUCUGCCUCGGCGCCGCCAAGCUCAUCUCCACACGGCGACGACGCCAUGGCGCCGGCGGCGCCCUGAACGGCGAAGACAAGCAGCCGCUGCUGGAUAGGGCCGUGGUUGUUCGGGUCGGCGCCGGGUUCGUCGUCGCGCUGGCUGCGUCCGGUGUCCUCGCCGCGUUCUACGUCGUGCUGCUGGUCCUUUCCCCGGUCAACAGGGGCGGCGAGGCCCUGGAGGCGGUGUUCCUGGCGCUGCUGUGCGCGGACGAGGAGACCACCACCACCACCACCGAUAGCAACAGCAAGGCGAACGUGACCCCGUACGCGACGGCGUCGUGGGCGUCGCGCGCGACGUGGGCGUGGAUGAACCCGCUGGUGCAGCGCUGGUACCGGUCGGCGCUGGAGCUGUCGGACGUGCCGACGCUGGCGCCGUCCCACCGGCCCGAGCGCAUGCACGAGCUCUUCACCCUGCACUGGCCGUCGUCGUGGGCGUCCAAGGACAACAACCCGGUCCGGCACACGCUGUUCCGCACCUUCUGGGCGCAGUUCCUGCUGAACGCGUCGCUGGCGCUGCUCCGCCUCACCGUCAUGUACCGGCCGCUCGGGGAGGGUGCGCGGCUGGUGGCGAUGCUGCUGGCGGCCAAGUGCGCAGAGGCGCCACCAGUACAACUUCCACUGCCAGAAGCUGGGGAUGCAGAUCCGGGGCGCGCUCAUCGUGGCGCUCUACCGCAAGGGGCUCGCGGACCAGUCAGCGGCGGAGGAGUUGGCGACGAGGCGCGCGCCCUGGAGCAGCAACUGCCCGUCGGGGAGCACCAGGUUGCCGUCGCCCGCGACGGCCAUCGCGGCCACGGACUGCCCCGCGGUGCCCGCGGACCACACGACUGCGCCGGCUCGCGCGGCCACAGGAUGUUUGACGAAAUGAAGCGACUAUAG